UUGCCGGAGAGAGACGAAGACGACAAGUGCGAUGAAGCUUCUGCUACUGGUCGGUGUUAUCCUUGCCGCCUUGCUUUUUGGCCUGGGCCAAGCGCGACCCUCUGAGGCGGAUAGUCCUGAGCCCGAUGCCAAUGAGCUGGACACCGGCAAUGGGGAGGAGGCUGUCACCAAGGCACGGGGAACAGUGUCCAUCAAGGUCCGCCACGUCCUGACGGAUCCGCUUCUAUGCGAGCAGCUCUCACGGUAUCAUCCACACCACCCCCAGUGCCAUGGAUACUGCAAGCGUCAAGGACACUGGAUUGGUCAGUGCAAGGCAAAUAGUUGUCACUGUUUCUCGUAAAAUAUAAAAAUAUGUAUCUAUAUACAUACAUAUUUAUAUAUUACUACUUUUUUUUUUGUAAUUCAAUAUGCAAAGUAGCUUUUUGAGCAUGUUCUAGUGUGUGUUUAACAUGAAAUAAAAGGAUUGUGGUUUUUUUUAACCCGGUUUUCUUGUAAUCUUUGCGAUUUUGAACGAUGUAUAUAUAUGUAUAUAUCUUAUCCUAAUAUUUUAAGGCAAAAGUUGUUUUGAAAAAACCUUUUUUUGUACUUUGUCUGAUAACAAUCUUCUGUAACAUCACAAUUGAAUUCAGAGUUUCUUUCAAAUUAUAUCCGGUUUCGCUAAUUACUCCUUAAUGUUUAAAUUAAUUAAGAGUAACAUUAAAGAGAAUACAAGCUCAACUUAGUAACUUGAUUUUAA